UGAGCGGGGCGGUGCUGGGCUCCGUGUGCCCCAGCCGUGCUGCCCGCCGCCCGCUGAGGGGCGAGGCCCGGCUGCCCGCUGCGGAGAGGGGGAGGCUCCGGGGGCCGGGUGGGUGACUUCUGCUCUGCCCCCUCAGCGCUGGCCAUGGCUGCGCCGUGGGAAGACGUCCUGCGCGACAAGCCGGCCAUCCGAGAGGCCGCGUCGGUGGCCGUGGACGCGGCGCUCCUGGAAGGCGUGCUGAUGCGGACCGAGGGCGAGCCCAACGCCUCGGAUGUGGUGAAUUAUGCUCCCUUCACGCUGCUCCCAUCUGCAGUACCAAGUGCCCUGUUUGAACAAGCAUACGCUGUUCAGCAAGAUUUUAACCUGCUGGUGGAUGCUAUUAGUCAAAACAAAGAAUUUCUGGAGGAUACUUUGGCCAGCACCAUCAGGGUAGAUGACUUCACAGCUCAGCUCUUCAGAAUCUACAUGCAAGUUUUGGAGGAAGGCUUGGCUCAGUCUGUGUUUUUAGGCAUAAACCGCUCUGAUUACAUGUUUGACUGUGGGGUAGAUGGGACACCGGCUCUGAAGCAGAUAGAAAUAAACACCAUUGCUGCCAGCUUUGGAGGCCUCACCUCCCGCACUGCGGCUGUCCACGGGCAGGUGUUGAAAGUGCUGGGAAAGUCUAAGGAGGCAUCGCACCUGCUGCCCAACAACCCAUCCAAAGGCCUUGCCUUGGGUAUUGCGAAAGCCUGGGAGCUCUAUGGCUCUCAAAAUGCUGUGGUCAUGUUUCUGGUGGAGGAAGUCCAGAGGAACAUUUUUGAUCAGCGAUGUGUAGAAAAUGAGCUUUGGAACAGGAAUAUUCGGGUCAUCAGGAGGCGAUUCCGAGAUGUGUUUGAAAAUGGGUCUCUGGAUGAUGCCAAGAGGCUGUAUAUGGAUGGCCAGGAAGUAGCAGUGGUGUACUACAGAGAGGGCUACGUGCCAAAGAACUACGACCAGCAGAACUGGGAGGCACGAUUGUUGCUGGAGAGGUCGAGGGCAGUGAAGUGCCCUGACAUUGCUACCCAGCUCGCAGGCACCAAGAAGGUCCAGCAGGAGCUGAGCCGGCCAGGGACUCUGGAGAGGUUACUGCCUGGCCGCGCUGAGGCUGUCGCUCGAAUAAGAGCAACAUUUGCUGGACUCUAUUCCCUGGACGUGGGCGAAGAGGGUGACAAGAUAGCUGCUAUGGCUAUUGCUGACCCCGACCGGUUUGUGCUGAAGCCGCAGCGAGAAGGUGGAGGGAACAACCUCUAUGGUGAAGAGCUCAGGCAGGUUCUGGAGAAGAUCAGAGACAGCCCUGAGAGAACCUCCUACAUCUUGAUGGAUAAGAUCAAACCACAGCCAGCACUGAAUUACUUGCUGAGGGCUCACAGUCCCCUACAAGCAUCCGAGUGCAUCUCGGAGCUCGGUAUUUUUGGUGUCUAUGUCAGACAGGGCAAGGAGAUGGUGAUGAACAGGGCUGCUGGCCACCUCCUGCGGACGAAGGCAGUGGAGCACGCGGACGGCGGGGUGGCAGCGGGGGUGGCGGUGCUGGACACUCCGUACUUGGUAUGAGGAGGCAAUGCCCCUUCCCACCCACCCUGCUCUGCUGCCUCAGGAGCUGCUCUGCCCCAGGGUGUGCUUACUAAGGUCUGACGUGUUGGGGGCUGAGGAGGGACUGUGUGGACACGACUGCUUCAAUGUCCUGUGUGCCAGCCCCAGCUUCUCCUCUGCAGGAAGAAGGGACUGCCUCGCUCUGCCUGCUCAUGGCGCCCCAGUGCUCUGGGUGUUCCCUGGGCUCCAGCUGGCAAAGCUGAAGGGGGAGUGUGCUAUCACAGGCACUCACACUGUUCCCAGUUUUGUGCUCCUUGAUGCUGCAUUAUUUCUGGAGCUGGGGUAACCCAAAGCCUGGGGAAUGGGAAGAGAAAGGCGGAUGUGCAAGUACCACUCUCAUCUCUGGGUUUUGUAGCCCAGUACCUCAGUGCCUCCAGGUUAAAGAGGGGAGCCCAGCUCCACCUGCCCCUGGCCCUUUCUGCCCUCCUUCAGCUGCUGCUGCUGCUGCCCUGAGGGUCCUCAGGGUUCCUGCAUAGGGGGCAGCUGCCCUGGUGGAAUUUGCCCAGGGGCUUCUUGCUUGCUUUAGCUUUGCCCAAUGCCUUGGGUACCCAUCCCUGGCAGUGCCUGUGCUGCACAGGGCAGGCAGCAGCACAGACUGGGGGGGGGCUGCACUUGCUCCCACCCUCCCCCCUGCAGCCUUGUAUCACAGCCAGCAUGUGGAGAAACCCCCCAGUCCCCUAGGGCUUGUGUCAGUGCACCCCAGUCCAGCACUGAGCCUCUCCUGUGGCACAUGCAGCCCCAGAGUGGUGUUGGGGAGCCCUGACUUCAGUGCUGGGCCUUGGUGGGGGCUGGAACUGGGGGUUUCGUAGUGAGGAGGCAGAGGAAGGGGAGAGGUGGAGCGAGACCAGCCCCAGUGGAGGGUGAGAUGUGUCUCCCUCCAGGUUUCAUGAAUUGGUGGAACAGUGCAGUGGUGGGGGAGGGGGAGCAGUGUGAGGUCUCCUUCCCAAGGUCCAGCCCCUCUUCCUCCUCAGCCAAGCAGGUCAAGGGGAAGCGUAAACGAUGCAUCUUUCUGGCAGUGCCAUGGUGGAGCACCCCGGGAGCUUCAGCUCUGCCCUUCCUGUGAGCAGCAGUGUGGAGCUGUGCUGAGUGCCUUGCUGCUGGCACUGUGCUCCAACCCUGGCCUUUCACCCUGGGAGGAGUUCAGUUCUGUACGUGUGACUGAUCCUGUGUUUUGCUGGGGGGUUGAUUGCUCCCAGCUGGAGAUUAAAACGUAUGUGC